AUGACUCGCUACUCCACCCGAGUGCACCACUUUACCCCCAGAAACCAUGACAAGCACCACUCCUCGCACAAUCGUUCACCGCCUGUACCGAAAAGAUGGGGAUGGGUGGGUUGCUCACUCUCCGGCGAGGUGCCGGCCAGCGACAACAUUGGCCGAAAAACUGGCACCAGUGGACCCCUCCCGCAGCGAGAGGCUCAACGGACAACUCUAACCGCUGCGAAAAUUUCGCUAGGGUUUCCGAUACGUCAUAAGACGAAUAGACAAGAUUGCGAUGAUGGCGCAGACAUAUACUUGUAG